AUGGAUCCUUUGUCAUGCGCGGCGAGCGUGAUUGCGGUCAUUCAAUUAGCAGGCGCUCUUGCGGACAUUUGUGGAAACUACAUUAAAAGAGUCAAAAAUGCCCGAAAAGAGAUCAAUGACCUGAAAGGGGAGAUUAACAGCCUUAGAAGUAUACUCGAGUCACUCAAUAACGUUCUCCAUGGACCAGGGGGCGAGAAUCUUAUCGCCCUUCAGAAGAUAUUUGAUGACGUUGGAAAAUGUAACGUCAUUCUAAGAAACUUGGGUGAUAAGAUCAAUCCAGAAACUACACAGAGCUCAAUCAGGAGGCGGGCAUUUCGAUACUGGAAAUGGCCUUUGCAGCGCAUGGAGGUAGAUGAGGUUAUCAGCCAGCUGAAGGGGUGUACGUCACUGUUUGUCGCAGCAUUGCAAAUUGAUCAUGUGCUUUCUACCGACCGAUUUGAACGAAAAUUUGACCUGCGUAGCUUGAAGAUCGUUGAAGAAGCCGCCUACGAUUCUUCCGAGAAUAAACACAAAGAGUGUUUGCCGAAAACCAGGGUUGAAUUGCUUCGUCAGGUUACAGACUGGGCUGAAGCACCUCAAGGAAAAUGCAUCUACCUUUUGAAUGGCGGAGCUGGUACUGGAAAGUCGACUAUUUCUAGGACAAUUGCAAGGCAGCUUAACGAUAAGAGAUUACUUGCCGCCAGUUUCUUUUUCAAAAGAGGUGAAGAGGGCCGAAAUAACGCAAAAUGGCUCUUCUCAACCCUCGCACAACAGUUAGCGAUUGCUAUUCCUGAGCUGGGCCCUGGGAUACAGAAGGCAGUUGAGGCUGAUCCUUAUAUAUCGGGAAAGGUGCCCACAGAACAAUUCAAUAAACUAAUACUCCAACCACUCAUCAAUCUGGAUCUAGGCCGCGCUGUUACUAUGGUGGCUGUAAUUGACGCAUUAGAUGAAUGCCAGUCAGAUACAGACAGUGAUGACCAUAAUAUUAAGGUCCUUCUACGGCUCCUAUCUCGGGCACAAGAAUCAAAGUCCGUCCGUUUACGAUUUUUCCUGACUAGCAGACCCGAGUUGGCAAUUCGCCUAAGUCUUAAGGCGGUUAAAGACAGCCUCCAGAAUGUGGAUCUACACAGCAUUCCUACGUCAGAAAUAACUCAUGAUAUCUCAAUUUUUUUGGAUCAUUCCUUCUCAAGAAUCCGAGAGAAUCAUGAUCUUCCCGCAGAAUGGCCUGGUGAAAAGGCUAUUAACGAUCUUCUUGCAAGAACAGUGCCGCUAUUCAUCUCUGCUGCUACACUAUGCCAAUACAUUGGUGAUAUGAACUGGGAUCCUCGAGACCGCCUUCAAGAAAUCCUUUCAGCCAAGUCCACAUAUGUCUCCAAGAUGGCCAGCACCUACCUUCCUGUCCUUAAUCAACUUUUCAAGGAUCAGGAUAGAUUUGAGGCCCAACAGAUCGCUAAGGAGUUCAGGCAGAUGGUCGGACCUAUAAUUAUGCUUGCUACUCCACUCCCAGUCAAUGGAGUAUCAAAGCUUCUUGGCAUUGAUCCAACCAAGAUCAAAAAGCGACUCAGUCAACUUCAUUCGGUCCUUAUAGUACCAGAUGAUCUGGACACCCCAGUCAAACUUCAACAUCUAUCAUUUCGGGAUUUCCUUCUGGACUAUACAACCAAGGAUGACAAAGAGAGCGAGAAAUUCUGGAUAGACUCUGAGGCAAUACACCAGAAGCUUACCGAUCAAUGUCUAGUGGAUGAUAAGUCUUCUCAAGACUCAAAAUUCCUUUAUGAUGCUAGGCGGUUUGUCCUCAAGAAUCGACAUUUGGCUGAGACCGCACCUCUUCAGCUCUAUACAUCAGGGCUGAUAUUUUGCCCUGGAAACUCAAUAACUAGGAGGAUGUUCAGCAAUAAUCUGUCUAGUCGGUCCCAGUUACCAGAGGUUGAAGAGUCGUGGGGUGCAGAACAGCAGACUCUCGAAGGCCAUUCUGAUUCGAUUCUGCUAGUCGCCUUCUCACCAGACAGCAAGGAACUAGCAUCUAGCUCUAGUGACAACACUAUAAAGCUCUGGGACCCUACAACAGGCGAGCUGCGGCAGAACCUUGAAGGUCAUUCUGAUUCCGUUCGAUCAGUUGCCUUCUCACCAGAUGGGAAGCAAUUGGCAUCAGGCUCUAAUGACAAAACCAUUAUGGUCUGGGACCCUAUGACAGGCGAGCUGCGGCAGAACCUUAAAGGUCAUUCUGGCUUCGUAUCAUCAGUCGUCUUCUCCCCAGAUGGGAAGCAAUUAGCAUCAAGCUCUAGUGAUAAGACUAUCAAGCUCUGGGAUUCCAUCACAGGCAAGCUACAACAGACUCUUGAAGGUCAUUCUGGUUGGGUUCGGUCAGUUACCUUCUCGCUAGAUGGCAGGCAACUUGCUUCAGGAUCUGGUGAUAAGACUAUCAAGCUUUGGGACCCCAUCACGGGCGAGGAGCUCCAAACCUUUGAAGGCCAUUCUGAUCCAAUUCGGUCGGUCAUCUUCUCACCAGAUGGCAGACAGCUCGCCUCUGGAUCUGAUGACAAGACUGUUAAACUCUGGGAUCACACUAUGGUUGAGCUAUCACAGACCCUUGAAGGUCAUUUUGACUCAGUCUGGUCAAUUGCCUUCUCACAAGAUGGCAAGCAAGUAGCAUCAGGCUCUGAUGAUAAGACCAUUAGGCUCUGGGACCGAAUGACAGGCAAGCUGCAGCAUAUCCUUGGAAGCCAUUCUGGUUUUAUUCGGUCAAUUGCGUUUUCACCAGAUAACAGGCAGCUAGUAUCAGGCUCUAGUGACAAGACUAUCAGGCUCUGGGAUCCCAUUACAGGCAAGCUGCAGCAGACUCUUAAAAGCCAUUCUGAUUGGGUCUUAUCAGUUGCCUUCUCACCAGAUGGCAGGCAACUAGCUUCAGGCUCUAGUGACAAUACUAUUAAGCUAUGGGACCCUACUACAGGCACGCUGCAGCAGACGCUUGAAGGCCAUUCUAGUUGGGUUAUAUCAGUCACUUUCUCACUAGAUGGCAGGAAACUAGCCUCAGGCUCUGGCGACAACACUAUUAAGCUCUGGGACCCUACUACAGGCAAGCUGCGGCACACUCUCAAAGGCCAUUCUGAUCCAGUUCGGUCACUUGCCUUCUCACCAGAUAGCAGGCAACUAGCAUCUAGCGCAGAUGACAAGAGCAUCAAGCUUUGGGACCCCGCCACGGGUGAACUGCAGCAAACACUAGCGGGUCAUUCUGGAUGGGUGUGGUUCAAAGCCGGUGCUGGUAUAUCUGUAUUGCGUGAUCAAUGGCUUUGUCUUCAGAGGAGGAAAAUCCUUUGGCUACCACCGGCAUAUCGUCCGGUGUGUUUUGCCCUAAACAAUGGACUUCUUGGUCUCGGUCAUGCGUCUGGCAGGGUUUCUCUUAUAUCAACGGCUGGGAUUCUUGAUUGAUUCAAGGAAAUCCGAAUUACGUAUUUCUUGUGAUUUCCAACCUCUCAAUGCAACGAGGAUAUGUUAGCUUAGUGAAUUUAUGCUUUAUGCUUUUCUGCUCUGCUGAGAGUAUAUGUAAGGUAAGGGGCGGGUUCAUUCCCUAGGAUCAUGUCAUGGGUGAACUCCAGUUUAGAGGGUCGAGAUUGGGAGCCAUCUGUGUGGGCUCUGAGGAUGUUUGAUGUGAUUCUCC